CAGUCGUGGUUCACAUUAAUAAAGGUUGAUGAUUAAGAUUUAAGAGGGUUUAUAGGUGUUUAUCUAAGGCAAGAAAAGUGUUUUUAGUUGGAAUGAUGACACUUAAGAAAAGAAGGUAUUGAAGCUUCUAUGGACUAAUGGAGUAUUGAGUCUUCUCAUCGUCGGAAUAGAUCAACUUUCAUCUUCGUAAAGUAUUUAGUUUCAAAUCCGUAAAAGCAGAGGAAGGAAGCAUGGUCGUAUGGUAGUAGAGUUGCUUCCAUCAAUGGCUUCGUCAUUGAAACUCAAACUCUUCAAAUGCUCAUUUUCUUCUUCUUCCUCUGCUUCUUCUUCUUCUUCUUCUUCUUCUUCUUCUUCAUUGGCAGAUACCCUCAUCUCCAUCUUCACCACCAAAGGACCCACCGCGCCGGAACUCAACCAAAUCGCCCCCACACUCACCCCUCCCCUCGUUGAGUCCGUCCUCAAACGCCUCCGCAGCUGGAAGCUCGCUCAUUCCUUCUUCAACUGGGCUUCCGCCCAACACCAACAUGGCUAUCGCCACUCCUGCUACACCAUCAAUGCCAUCGCCACCAUCUUCUCCCGUUCCCGCAAACCCGCUCCUCUCAGAUCCCUCGCCAAACACGUCCUCUCCAACCCCUCUUGCUCCUUCACCCCUGGCGCUCUUGGUUUCUUCAUCCGCUGCCUCGGUUCCCUCGGGUUAGUUCGGGAAGCCAACGAGGUGUUCGAUGAAAUGCGCGUGAAGGGUCUCUGUGUUCCCAAUGACUACUGCUACAACUGCUUGUUAGAGGUUAUAUCAAAGUCUGGUUCUAUUGAUUUGAUGGAGAUGAGGUUGAAUGAAAUGAGGGAGGUUGGGUGGGGGUUUGAUAAGUACACGCUGACACCGGUGAUGCAAGCUUAUUGCAAUGCUCGCAGGUUUGAACAGGCUUUCGGGGUGUACAAGACAAUGCAGGAGAAGGGUUGGGUCGAUGAACGUGUUUGCUCGAUGAUGGCGUUGUCUUUUACCAAGUGGGGCGAGGUGGAUAAGGCGUUUGAGUUGGUGGACAGAAUGGGUGAACGUGGAAUGAGACUGAGUGAGAAGACUUUUUGUGUUUUGAUUCAUGGGUUUGUCAAGGAGUCCCGUCUGGAUAAGGCCCUCCAAUUGCUUGAUAAAAUGCGCGGGGCUGGUUUCACUCCUGACGUUUCCUUGUAUGAUGUUCUGAUUGAAGGAUUGUGCAGGAACAAGGACACGGACAAAGCUUUGAGCUUGCUUCGGGAAAUGAAGGAAUUUGGCGUUGAGCCGGAUGUUGGAAUAUUUACAAAAUUGAUAUCAUCUGUCUCGGAUAGAAGCGUGCUUGCACAAUUACUGGAAGAAGUUCCGGAGGAAGAAGAUGAUAAAACUCUUGUUUUGAUUUACAAUGCUGUUUUGACUGGUUAUGUGAGUGAUGGGUUAAUGGAUGAAGCUUGUCACCUACUUCAGAGGAUGAUUAAAUGCAAAUCUAGUUCUGAUGCUCAGAUGGAUACUUUCCUCAGGGUCAAGAGAUUGGUUUUUCCCAAUACCACUUCCUUUAGCAUUGUAAUUGAUGGCUUACUAAAAAAUGGACAGUUGGACCUUGCCCUGAGCCUCUUCAAUGAUAUGCAACAAUCUGUUGGUAAACCAAAUGUUUUGAUUUACAACAAUCUGAUCAAUGGGCUCUGCAAUUCCAAUAGAUUGGAGGAGAGUCGUGAGCUCUUGAGAGAGAUGAAAGAAUCAGGAAUUGAACCAACUCAUUUCACUUACAACUCAAUAUAUGGAUGCCUGUGUAAAAGAAAGGAUGUUGUAGGAGCCAGUGAUAUGUUAAAGGAAAUCCGUGUUUGCGGGCAUGAGCCGUGGAUAAAACAUUCCACCCUUCUUGUGAAAGAGCUAUGUGAUCAUGGGAGGGCUGUAGAAGCAUGUAACUUUCUUGACACCAUGGUUCAACAGGGUUUCCUUCCUGAUAUAGUUUCCUAUUCUGCAGCAAUCAGUGGCUUGAUCAAGAUUCAGAAAAUGGAUCAAGCAUUGGACGUGUUCAAGAAUUUGUGUUCUCUUGGUCGCUGUCCUGAUGUGGUUGCUUUUAACGUAUUGAUAGGAGGGCUCUGCAAAGCCGACAGAUUCACAGAGGCUGAAAACUUACUGGAUGAGAUGGUUGGAAGGGGUCUUUCUCCCUCAGUUGUUACCUACAAUUUGCUUAUAGAUGCCUUGUGCAAAAACGGUAAUAUUGAGAAGACUAUGGCACUUCUUUCCAGAAUGUCUGGAGAAGACAGGGAGCCCAAUGUCAUCACAUACACAACUCUGGUGGACGGGUUAUGCAGAGCGGAAAAACCUGAUGAUGCUCUCUUGGUCUGGGAUGAGAUGGGAAAAAGGGGUUGCCAUCCAAAUCGAAUUGCUUUCAUGGCACUUAUUUAUGGUCUUUGCAAAUGCUACAGGCCAACUGAAGCCCUCUGUUACCUACGUGAAAUGGAACAGAAAGAAAUGAAACCGGACUCUUUCAUUUAUAUUGCAUUGCUAAAUGCUUUUCUGUCUGAUCUAAAUUUGACCUCUGCAUUUGAGAUUUUCAAGGAGAUGGUUGAUUUGGGAUUUUUUCCAGAAUCGUAUGAUAAAAAUUACUCUAUUGCAAUAGAUGCAAUACUCAAGUUUUCUAGGGAUCAAAGAACAUCCUCAGAUAUCCAAGUUCUAAUGGAAGAGAGGAAAAUUCCUAGAGUGCCUACUUGAACUGUUUGAAGUGAGAGGUUAGUCAAAUGGAGUCAAUCAUUUUUGUCAAUUGCCGAAGGAAAUAAAUGUUACACAUCAGAUUGAUAGGACGAGGACACAAACAUGCACAUAAAAGAAAAACACAUUAGUUACUUCACUCCUGUGAUAAUAUGCCUAAGAGAAUGUGACUCUGGAAUUUAUCAAGAUAUAUAUUACUUGUGAAGUUGGUAGUUGGAAAAAGUAAUCAUAGGAAAAUGAGGAAAUCAUAUUUGCAACUAAUAUGUCUGCAGAAAGGCCAUGUUUUCAAGGAUGCCAUGGACCAAAUCGACCAGACCUUUUCUGCUGUUUCCGUUCUUUAUGAUGAGAAGAUAAAAAACCAAACUAUUCCUAAAGACCUUGUGAUUGGUACCUUGGUUAGAUUUGAACAACUCAAAAGGUGGAACCUUGUCAUUGAGAUACAUGCCAGAUCUUUGCUCAUAAACUACCAAGUUAUCAGCUUAUGUCAAUGCACCUGACAUGGAGGGUGCUGAGAAGUUUUUCAAAAGAUUGAUACAAGAUGGUUUUAGAGCUUAAUGUGGUUACUUAUGGAACCUUAAUUAAAGGCUAUGCUAAGAUAAAUGAUCUUGAGAAGGUGCUGGAGAAGUAUGAGGAAAUGCUUGGGCGUGGUAUCAAGGAAAUAGAGUCCACCGGUGAUCACGAAGCCAAAAACACCCUAUCUUUAGACAAAGCAAGAUGUAGAGAAAGAAAAGAAGCUAAUGAGCUUGUGGGGCAUUUCAAUGAAAAUAACAAUUUAAUUAAAGUUAAUCGCGCUGCUAGAUUUGAUGAUGAUGAUGAAAAGAUAAUUAUGAAUAUUUUGAUCCCCAAUUAGUCGGUCCGACACUACAAGUUUUGUACACUUGCAAGUUUAGGCUUUGUAUUUUGUUGUACACUACAUAUUAGCUCCCAAUUGAAAUUAUAAUAAUUUUUUAAAUAAUGUAAAAAAUAAAAUAAUUUACCAAAACAAAUACAGUUUAAAAACAAUUU